AUUCCUGCGCCGCACUGUCAGGAGUCCUUGGCAGGUUUGGUGGGCCUUCUGGAGGUGAAACAACUUACCUUUGACGUGAGGGCACGCCAACAAAAUGCAUACUUGGACACAGUUAUAUCGAACUCUCGCCACGCGGAGUCAUCAGUUCCCAUGCAAGCUACAUGGUGCGGCAGUUUUGUCGGUUCGAACGUAUGCUGACAAAGCAGCGAUCGAUGCAGACGUUACAGUGGUCGGGUCCGGUCCGGGAGGCUAUGUCGCGGCUAUCAAAGCUGCGCAGCUCGGCUUCAAGACAGUUUGUGUGGAGAAGAAUGCCACGCUGGGUGGAACCUGCCUCAAUGUGGGCUGCAUCCCCUCCAAAGCUCUUCUGAACAAUUCAUACUUGUACCACUUGGCUCACGGCAAAGACUUUGAGAGCAGGGGCAUCGAAAUUUCCGGCAUCUCGCUGAACCUUGAGAAGAUGAUGUCUCAGAAAAGCGGGGCAGUCAAAGCGCUCACUGGGGGCAUUGCACAUCUCUUCAAACAGAACAAAGUGACCCACGUCAACGGCUUCGGCAAGGUGACGGGAAAGAACCAGGUGACCGCCUUGACAGCUGAUGGCAGCCAGCAAGUCAUCAACACCAAGAACAUUCUCAUCGCCACUGGCUCUGAGGUCACACCAUUCCCUGGAAUUCAGAUUGACGAGGAAACAAUUGUGUCAUCGACUGGUGCGCUGUCCUUGAAAAAAGUUCCAGAAGAGAUGAUCGUGAUCGGCGCCGGAGUCAUCGGAGUAGAACUGGGGUCUGUGUGGCAGCGUCUAGGCGCCAAGGUGACGGCUGUGGAAUUUGUCAGCCAUGUGGGCGGUAUGGGCAUCGACAUGGAGAUCUCAAAGAACUUCCAGCGCAUCCUCCAGAAGCAGGGCCUCAAAUUCAAGCUAGGAACCAAAGUGUUGGGCGCUACCCGGAGGCCUGACGGAAAGAUGGAUGUGGCCGUGGAGGCAGCGGCUGGCGGCAAGAACGAGACACUAACGUGCGACGUGCUGCUGGUGUGCAUCGGCCGACGACCGUACACUCACGACCUGGGCCUAGAAACCGUGGGCAUAGAGCUUGACAACAGGGGGCGUAUUCCCGUCAACAACCGCUUUCAGACUACCGUCCCUAGCAUCCAUGCCAUUGGGGAUGUGGUGGCGGGGCCCAUGUUGGCGCAUAAGGCUGAGGACGAGGGCAUCAUCUGUGUGGAAGGCAUGGCGGGCGGCGCCGUGCAUAUAGACUAUAACUGUGUGCCAUCUGUCAUCUACACUCACCCAGAGGUGGCUUGGGUGGGCAAGACCGAGGAGCAGCUCAAGGAAGAGGGUGUACCCUACAAAGUGGGCAAAUUCCCGUUCGCCGCCAACAGCCGUGCCAAAACCAACGCAGACACGGACGGCUUGGUCAAGAUCCUUAGCCACAAGGAGACUGACAGGAUGUUGGGUGCUCACAUCGUUGGAACAGGAGCAGGAGAGAUGAUCAACGAGGCGGCCCUCGCUAUGGAGUACGGCGCAUCGUGCGAGGACGUCGCCAGAGUUUGCCACGCCCACCCGACUGUAUCAGAAGCAUUCAGAGAAGCCAACCUGGCCGCCUCCUUUGGCAAGGCCAUCAACUUCUGAGCUUCCUUAUCUUUUUCUUCAUCUUGAUGUCACAAGCGGCAGAAACGGAAGAUUGCAACACCAGGAACCUCCCACUUAAAAACUCGGAUUCCAGAAUACAUACGACUCCUAUAACCUACAUUUUCAUUUACAUAUUCAAUAGAACGAUUUCCAAUCGGCAGAUGAUUAUUAUCUUUUUUUUUUUUUUUUUUCUUCUUCUACAGCGGGACAUAGUAUUUUUGGUCGUGUUGGCAAGCACGAACAUCUGUCAAACCGUUCGUUCCAAGCGUAAAACGUUUGUAUCUCUCUUGCUACCAUGCUGCGUUUAUUUAUUUCAUGUCCUGUACAAUGGCACUUAGCAAGUGUCACGUUAGCCAGCACUUCUUUGGCUUAUAGGACAUUUAUCCCAGUUACAAAUACAAAUAAAUACAUCAUGCUGUCAA